UGUGGCCGCGCGUGCCCGGGGACCGCUGCGGCAGAGCGGGCGCCUCUAGCUGGGCGCUGCACCUGGGGAGCCCGCAGCCGCUGGCCCGGCAGUCUGCAGCUGGGCUGGCCAGGCACCCGCAGCCCGGGUGGUUUCACUUUUAGGGCCACAUAGGCGGCGCGGGCGUGCAGGGGAUUGGGGACAGUAACCCCGAAAGCCGGGCGGUGGCGUUUGCCUGGUUUGAAGAGUUGAGUACAACCAAGCUGGUAGCCAACCAUGGCUGAAGGAGGAUUUGAUCCCUGUGAAUGUAUCUGCUCUCAUGAACACGCUAUGAGAAGACUUAUCAAUCUGCUCCGGCAGUCCCAGUCCUACUGCACCGACACAGAAUGCCUUCGGGAAUUGCCAGGACCCUCCGGCGACAGUGGCAUCAGCAUCACUGUGAUCUUGAUGGCCUGGAUGGUGAUCGCCGUGCUCCUUUUCCUACUCAGGCCUUCUAACCUGAGAGGCUCCAGCCUUCCUGGAAAGCCCUCCAGUCCUCACAGUGGACAGGACCCGCCAGCCCCUCCUGUGGACUAACAUCCUGGUGUGGGAAGCAGUGAUUGACACCCUGCACGACCGAACGACUGAAGAUGACCAGGCACUAACUGUCUUCUCCUUUUCCAUCUGCCGUUUGGAUGGUAUUGUUUUCAUGAGCUUGUAGAAAUUUCACUUGCCAACUGCCUUUUGCUUCCUGUGUUGCCACAGUUCUUAUUUACAGUAUACCUGAGUAAAUGAUUUUAUUGAAAAGUUGAGGGCUGUGUUGGUUGGCCUGAGCUUAAACAUUCCACUCAUUCUCCCUGGAACCCUGACCGUAGGGUCUGUGGUGGUUUCUGGCCCAACUGAAGGAAAAUUAAGACUUCUGCAUUUAAGAUUCUAUUUUAAGUGGUUUUGAUAGACUUUAAUUCUUUUCAUAAAGUAUUUAUUUGGGGUUGUCUGGUAUGAGUGACAGAGCCACGCUGUAGUCACUUACUGUGGCGGUUUAUCUGUGGGUGGCAGUUUUCUGUAGUCCUUGACGGUGACGCUUCAGAACAUUUUCCUUACAAAGUCCAGCUGGCUUAUAUGGCUAGAAUAGGAAAAUCGAAUUGGUUGUUUACUGAUUUUUUUUUUAAAUUCCCGUUAAAGAUUUCUGAUGUUAAGAAUACUUUAAAUAAACAUGAUUGAUUAAUAUAGUGGUUGGCUUAGAAUCCAUUGUGUGUCAUUGAAAGCCACUGUAUGCUAGCCUUAUCGGCUCGUGGUAUUUGUCUGUCAGGUGGGUGCCUCUUCAGCAAGCUUCUCUUGCGUCCUAACACUUCCCUGUUCAGUGAAAUCGUCUUAUGUCUGUAUGUGGGGCUGACAUUUUAAUACCUAUGACUUAAUUUCAUUCCUUUUUUUUAAAUUAAAAAAAAAUGAGUCUUUUGUUGCCUUUCUGGCUUGUGAGGAGAAAAGCCUCUAAUCUGAGGUCUUGGUUUAUUCCAAGGGAAAGGAGGAAAAUGACAAACCAGAAUAUUUUGUCACCUCUCAGCUCAAUUCUGUUUAGUGUCACAGUGCAGAUUCGUUGGAGUUGGAAGGAGCAUUGGUAACUGAAAUGUUAAAAAUGUGUUUAACCAGUAAGAGGCUCAGAAGCAGUGAAUGCAAACUGCGUUCAAACAGGCCUGGACGGACGGCCUGAACUCUUCUAGGAGUCACAGCAGGCGAUUAGUCGGGACCAGAACAUAUCUUGUUAACUAGGUAAGGCUGACCCCUCCUCGGUCAGUCUAGGCUGUCACUGUACGGAGCUCAGAAAUGCUUUGUGUGGACUAAAUAAACUUCUACAACAUUGCACCACAGGCAGGCCUGGGACCCGCCCCAUUGUGUGCCAUUCUGCUUAUUCCCCCCAAGCACUGGUUAUCAAGAUCUGGCCCAUAAGCAUCGUUAAGGGCAUCUCUUUGUCCUGUAUGGUAAUCCUGGCUACUUAUGCUCUUCACUUGGCUUUGCGCUCCACACUUAAAAAAUAAUAUAACCACCUCUCAGCUACUUGUAUCUAUAAGGAGUGAUUAACCAGGUAAGUUAAUCCUGAACAAAUGAACAACACAGGGUGAAGGAUUUCUCUCUUGCUGUGGUCACCUAGAAGUCUUACCUGCUUCAUAGCCUGUAGCCAGUUUAACACAAAAGCCAGAUAUGGUAGCAGUCUUGAGACCAGACUAGGGCUACACAGUAAAUUUCAGAUCAGGUUGGGCUACAUGGGAAGACCUUGGCUUACAAAGGAAAAAAAAAUGGGGUGAGGGACUUAACCUGAGCAAAACUGGAAUGGCCUCAGGUAGAGCUGAAGCGCUGUAGCGUUCUUCUCUUGCCCUCAGCCUCUGGAGGCUGCACACGUCCCAGCAGUGCUUUCCAACUGCUGAUGGCUUCGCCCAGUCUGCUUCACUAGUAGUUAAGACUUUACUUUGGAUUAAAAUAAAAUGUCCAAGGCUGGAGAGAUGGCUCAGCGGUUAAGAGCUCUGGCUUUCUACCAGAGGACCCAGGCUCAGUUUCCAGCAACCACAUGGCAGCUCACAACUGUUUGUAACUCCAGUUUCAGGGGUUCUGACACCGUCACAUAGGCAUACAUGCAGGCAAAAGACCAAUGAGCAUAAAAUAAGAAUAAAUUAUUUUUUUAGUGAAGAAAAUGUGGGUACAGAACAUCUAGCAUUAGAGACCUGGAAGAGUAGAUUCUUACUCUAGGUAUUCAUUCCUACCACAUGCAGUUAUGUCUAAAUAUCAUAGCUUUUUCCUAUGUAAACCUUCUGUUAAGUUAGUAACACAGCCUCAGUUGUUUUUAGCCCAGUAAAGAUCUUAACUUUCUGACAUAGAAAUGGCAUUUGUACCAGAAGUAUGUAUGAUCACAGUUGUAUAGAAAAUCCGAUCCAGACUUUGUUGUUGUUGUUGAUUGGAGACAGAGUUUCUCUGUGUAGCUCUGGCCUCAAGCUCGGAGAUCACCUGCUUCUGCCUCCCUGGCUUAGGAGUAAAGGCGCGCGCCACCACCGUCUGGCCCAAUCCAGGCGUUUCAGUGCCUGUUAACAGUUGAAUUCCUCUGAGAAGUAUUUGGCCUUGUGUUUUACCUUUAGUCUUUGCUAUUUUUGUUUUCUUUGGUGAUUUAUUCUAUGUUCCUAAAGUGAUGAUAUCUUGCAUAGAAUAUCACUAUCAACCCAGCUAAUACUUUGUUACUCUCUUCUUUAAGCCGAGUCUAUUCCACAGCUUCAUUUGACUCGCAAGCCUUCACUUGAGCCAUAGCUACAGUUCUCUUAGAGCUCAAGAGAAGCUUACAGUCUUGACUUCGGGCCAUCCACGCCACCCAGAAAGUUCACCCGAUAGUCCCUUCCCUUCACGCUGUUUCAUACAAAAUCUAGUAGUUCUGUUUUUCUGUUUUCCAUAUGGGACAGGUUAACAUCGUGGCUGUUUAUAGCAAACAAUUUUACCAUGUAUCUAAACACUGUCCCACGCUUCAGAGCACAUACUUUACAAUGUACAGAGGCUCUCCAGAGUAGCCAUUGAGCAGCACUGCCCCAUGGUUUCAUUUAGCGUCUGUGAUAGCAUUUAUGGAAUUACCAAUAUCUUAGACUUUAAAGGGAUUGUGUAAGUCUGUCAUCCUAAAUGAAAGUUUGUCUCUCUCUCUCUCUGUGAUUUUGUACUUAAGUUUGACCACCUCACUUUAAAACACAAAACAGCUACUCGAAGAAGGAAAAUGACAAAUGGUUUAAAUUUUGUCGUUGCAAUAGAAGAUAGGGACAGUCUUACAUUUCUCAGUGAAGAAUCCUGUGUAUCAUUACUUGUCCCAUGAUUAUUUUGUUAAAGGAAAAGGGGUCAUAUGAUGUACUAUUUCUCAAUGUUUAAAUCAUGCCAAACAAAUCAGCCCAUGCCAUCUAGCCUUUGGUGUUAAUCUUUUACUGAGUUCUUGGAUUGGGGUUAAGGGCUUGUACUAUGCACUUUUUAUUAAUGAAUAAAUAGAAAAUGUUAGUAACA